GCCAGGGGAGGUGCCUGCAUUGGGAUUGUCUGCAUCCCAGAGUUUGCAGGGACCGAGGGUGGGGCCUACCUCCUAAGAUCCAGAUGUGGGCCAGCAGGAAGACAGAGCCAGCAAGAAGUCACCUAGAUCCUGCCUAAGAGAGCCAGCUGCAUGGGUCUGGGAUAUCCGCUAUUAACCAUCCAGGAAGGAUCCUUCUUGUGCAAAGGUGCUGCCCAGGUCCUCCAGAGCUACAAUGGAGGAGGAAGCUGGGGGGGCGCCGGCGCUGCACAGGUCUACUGCCUCCAAGAACUUCCACUUUUAUCACAUGGAUCUGUAUGACUCUGAAGACAGACUGCAUAUCUUCCCAGAAGAAACCACUCGGAUGAGAAGAGAAGUAGUCCAAGCUGAAAUGACCAGUGAGCCAAGAGGGGCAGUGAAAGGUAAGCCUCAAAGAGAACUUGAAGAGGAAGUGGAUGAACUUGUCCAUUUAUAUGGACUUGAAGUUGAUCACGAAUUAGGGGAUGAGUUUGUUGAUGAAAACAUGCCCAGAAUAGAGGUUUCAGAAUAUCCUCCUUAUGAGAUGAUGAGGAGAGAACCAGCCGGGGAGCAGAGAGACUGGAGACUUAGUGGAGAGGCAGCUGAGGCAGAGGACCCAGGCUUCGGAAGGUGGGGCUCGGCAGGCCAGUGCCAGGACUUGCGGGAAGCCUAUAGGUACACACAUGGCCGUGCCAGUGAGGAGUAUGAAUGCUACGUCAUCCCAGAGGAGGAGGAUGAGGAAGAAGCUGCUGACGUCUUCUGCAUCACUUGCAAAACUCCAGUAAGAGCUUUGGAGAAGGUUUUUGAUGAACACAAAGAGCAUGAGGUGACCCCACUCAAUAAAGCACUGGAAAUCGCCAAGGAUGAAAUUCACAAAAAUAUGUACAAAUUGGAAAAGCAGAUUAUCGAGAUGGAAAAUUUUGCAAGUCACUUAGAGGAGGUUUUCAUCACUGUGGAGGAGAAUUUUGGAAGACAAGAACAAAACUUUGAGUCACAUUACAAUGAGAUCUUGGAAACACUUGCUCAAAAAUAUGAAGAAAAAAUACAAGCUCUAGGGGAGAAAAAGAAAGAGAAGCUGGAAGCCUUGUAUGGACAACUGGUCAUCUGUGGAGAAAACCUUGAUACCUGUAAAGAACUGAUGGAAACAGUAGAGGAGAUGUGUCAUGAAGAGAAGGUUGAUUUCAUCAAGGAUGCUGUGGCUAUGGCUGACAGACUUGGAAAAUUCCUGAAAACAAAAACAGACAUAGAAAUCUCUGCGCAGCAUGACUUUGAAGACCAGACCUUGGACUUCUCGGAUGUGGAGCAGCUGAUGGGCGCCAUUAACACCAUCCCAGCUCCUUCUGCUCCAGUGAUAAACCCGCAGGCUCCCAACUCAGCCACGGGUUCCUCUGUCCGGGUGUGCUGGAGCUUGUACUCCGAUGACACAGUGGAGAGCUAUCAGCUGUCCUACCGGCCAGUGCAGGACGGCUCUCCUGGGAAGGACCAAGCAGAGUUUAUAAUGACCGUCAAAGAAACAUACUGCUCAGUGACAAACCUUGUGCCAAAUACCCAGUAUGAAUUUUGGGUCACAGCUCAGAACAGGACUGGCCUCAGCCCUGCCAGUGAGCGUGCGGUGUACAUGACAGCACCUUCUCCCCCCAUCAUAAAAAGCAAAGAGAUAAGGAGCUGUGAAGAGGCUGCGCUGAUUUGCUGGGAGUGUGGGAACCUGAAUCCUGUGGACUCGUACACAGUGGAGCUGAGCCAAGCAGCAACGCCAGAAGCCUCGGGGGUCACCGAGUCUGUUGUGGGCAUCCCGACCUGCGAGGCCCUGGUGCAGCUGCAGCCCCGGCAGAGAUACAUGAUCUACGUGCGAGCCCUCAACGUGGGGGGCCCCAGUGCAAGGAGCGAGCCUGCUACCGUCCACACCACAGGCAGCUACUUCCACCUCAACAAGCACACCUGUCACCCCUGGCUGACCAUUUCUGAGGAUGGGCUCACAGUUGUACGAAGCGAAAAGAAAACCUCUGCAGGGGAGCCGUUCCCCAGCAACACCCGGUUUACCAGGUGUGUUGCUGUCAUGGGAAAUCUAAUUCCAGUCCGAGGGCGCCAUUACUGGGAGGUAGAGGUGGACGAGUGUUUGGACUACACGGUGGGCGUGGCCUUUGAAGAUGUCCCUAAACAGAAGGACCUGGGAGCAGACUGCUUCUCCUGGUGCCUGAGGCACACAUUUGCGUCAUCAAGGCAUAAGUAUGAAUUUCUACACAACAAGACGACUCCAGAUAUAAGAAUAACAGUUUUCCCAAGGAAGCUUGGCAUUCUAUUAGACUAUGAAAAUUCAAAAUUGUCAUUUUUCAAUGUGGACAUUUCUCAGCAUCUAUACACAUUUGGUUGUCAGUUUCGCCAAUUUGUGCAUCCCUGUUUUUCUCUGGAAAAGCCCGGAUGUCUAAAGAUACAUAAUGGAGUUUCAAUGCCAAAGCACGUCACUUUCUAUUAGACCUAUCUGAUGGCCAGCUUCCUGUCUCUCUUCUGCGUCUACGCCUCUCCCAGCCACUCACACCUCAGCUGGCUGAACUCGGCAUUCAAGACCACGUGUCCAGCACAAUUUGUGGCUCAUGUUAUUAUCUGGCAGACUGGUGUGCUGGCACUGAUUUCACCUGACCUGGAUUGUAGUCCUGUGCACUGCCACCUGUGUGAUGAUAGGUUAGUCAUUACCAGGCCUAGCUGUAAAAUGAGGGCUCAGACUAAAUGAACUCAAAGGUCUUUCAAGUUAUCAAAUUAUAUUGGUCUAUUUGUGUACAUGCAAGGUAUCUGAGUUUCCAAGGCUUUCAGAGCUUGGGGGAUGGGGAGGGAAGAGAUACAACAGUGUUAGUGGCUCCAGCAGCCCCAGCACACUCGUGACAUUUCAGCCAAGAACAGACUUGAGAAGGCAAGAGUCUAUCCACAAAGAGAAGCACGGAAGCCCUGUGCCCUUCUCCUCUCCUGUUUUCCCAGUAGUCAGCGGCACUGUGAUGAGUUUCUCCCACUGUACACCCUUUGCAACAACCUGUUCCUCUCCCUCAUAGUACUCACCCCACUCUAAUUUUGAAAUGGCCUUUAUAAGGCCUAAUUCCAUGAAGGCAGGACAGUGUCUGUCUUGUUCAUCAGUUCCCAAGGGCUAACACAUAACAGGUGUACACCAAAUAUCUGCUGAAUAAACGAGUUUCUUCUUCAUCCAA